CCCUCGCUGUUGCUGCAGGACGCGGAGAGGGGACCCUUUGCACCCCGCACCGACCAGCCCUAACCAUGGCUUCAGUACCUGCGGAGGCCGAGACCCGCCAGAGGCUGCUGCGCACCGUGAAGAAGGAGGUGAAGCAGAUCAUGGAGGAGGCCGUUACCCGAAAGUUUGUUCACGAGGACAGCAGCCACAUCAUCUCCUUCUGUGCGGCAGUGGAGGCCUGUGUGCUGCACGGGCUGCGGCGGAGGGCUGCUGGCUUCCUGCGAAGCAACAAGAUUGCCGCACUCUUCAUGAAGGUGGGCAAAGGCUUCCCUCCGGCUGAGGAGCUGAGCCGCAAGGUGCAGGAACUGGAGCAGCUCAUUGAGAGCGCGCGAAACCAGAUCCAGGGCCUGCAGGAGAAUGUGCGGAAGCUGCCGAAACUGCCCAACUUGUCCCCGCUGGCCAUCAAGCACCUGUGGAUCCGCACUGCCCUGUUUGAGAGGGUCCUGGACAAAAUAGUCCACUAUCUGGUGGAAAACAGCAGUAAAUACUAUGAGAAGGAGGCUCUCUUGAUGGACCCUGUGGAUGGCCCCAUCCUCGCCUCUUUGUUAGUGGGGCCCUGUGCCCUGGAGUAUACCAAGAUGAAGACUGCUGACCACUUCUGGACUGACCCCUCAGCCGAUGAGCUGGUCCAGAGACACCGGAUCCACAGUUCACAUCUGAGACAGGACUCACCCACCAAGCGGCCGGCGCUCUGUAUCCAGAAGAGGCAUUCGAGCGGCAGCAUGGACGACCGACCAUCCGUCUCUGCCCGGGACUACGUAGAAUCCCUGCAUCAGAACUCCAGGGCCACCCUGCUCUAUGGCAAGAACAACGUCCUGGUUCAGCCAAGGGAUGACAUGGAAGCUGUGCCUGGGUACCUGUCCCUGCACCAGACGGCUGAUGUCAUGACCUUGAAGUGGACACCCAACCAGCUGAUGAAUGGGUCUGUGGGAGACCUGGACUAUGAGAAGAGCGUCUACUGGGACUAUGCUGUGACCAUCUGCUUAGAGGAGAUUGUUUACCUUCACUGCCACCAGCAAGUGGACAGUGGUGGGACUGUUGUGCUGGUGAGCCAGGAUGGAAUCCAGAGGCCGCCCUUCCGCUUCCCCAAGGGUGGGCACCUGUUACAGUUCCUCUCCUGCCUGGAGAAUGGAUUGCUUCCGCACGGGCAGCUGGACCCACCACUUUGGUCACAGCGAGGAAAGGGGAAGGUAUUUCCUAAACUGCGCAAGCGGAGCCCACAGGGGUCCUCGGAGUCCACAUCGUCGGAUAAAGAGGAUGACGAAGCCACAGAUUACGUGUUCCGCAUCAUCUACCCUGGCAUGCAGUCUGAAUUUGUUACCCUUGAUCUUUUGGGCGGCCCUCGACCCGUGUCUGUUGGUCCUGCCUGGAUGAUGCUUGCUGCUGGCCAGUCCGUUCUGGUGGUGGCCAGGGGGAUCCAGUGGGGACAAACCAGAGGGUACCUCACCAUCCCCACACGGAGUGUGAAGGAGCAGCCCCCCAUUCCCCAGGACCUGAUGGACGUCUCUGUGAACAAUCUUCCAUCCCUAUGGCAACCCAGUCCUCGGAAGUCCUCCUGCUCUUCCUGUUCACAGAGCGGCUCGGCUGAUGGCGGCUCAACCAAUGGCUGCAACCAUGAGAGGGCUCCACUGAAGCUGCUCUGUGAUAACAUGAAGUACCAGAUCCUUUCCAGGGCCUUCUACGGAUGGCUCGCCUACUGCAGACACCUGUCCACCGUGAGGACCCACCUGUCGGCCCUGGUCAAUCACAUGAUUGUGUCUCCGGACCUGCCCUGUGAUGCUGGGCAAGGGUUGACAGCCAGCAUCUGGGAGCAGUACAUCCAGGACAGCACGACUUACCCAGAGCCAGAGCUGCUGCGGCUAAUCUACUACGGGGGUGUCCAGCCCGAGAUCCGCAGGGCAGUUUGGCCUUUCCUCCUGGGCCACUACCAGUUCGGGAUGACGGAGAUGGAGAGGAAGGAGGUGGAUGAACAGAUCCAUGCCUGCUACGCACAAACCAUGUCGGAGUGGCUGGGCUGUGAGGCUAUCGUGAGACAGAGGGAACGGGAGUCCCAUGCUGCUGCCCUGGCCAAGUGCUCUUCAGGGGCUAGCCUGGACAGCCAUAUUCACCGGAUGCUGCACCGGGACUCUACCAUCAGUAACGAGUCCUCCCAGAGCUGCAGCUCAGGCCGCCAGAACCUCCGACUGCAGAGCGACUCCAGCAGCAGCACACAGGUAUUUGAGUCUGUGGAUGAGGUGGAACAGACAGAGGUAGAAGGCAGGUCAGAGGAGAAACAACCCAAAGUCCCCAACGGGAACCCAGCAAAUGGCACUUGCUCCCCAGACUCUGGGCACCCUUCUUCCCACAACUUCUCAUCCGGCCUCUCUGAGCACUCUGAGCCCAGCUUUAGCACUGAAGACAGUGUCCUGGAUGCCCAGCGCAGCCUCCCCGCUGUGUUUCGACCUGGAGACAGCAGUGUAGAAGAUGGACAGAGCAGCGAAGCCACCACUUCCCGGGACGAAGCCCCUCGGGAGGAGCUGGCGGUGCAAGACAGUCUUGAGAGUGACCUCCUGGCCAACGAGAGCAUGGAGGAGUUCAUGUCCAUCCCUGGCAGCCUGGACGUGGCCCUGCCCGAGAAGGAUGGCGCCAUGAUGGAGGGCUGGCCCGGCGAGACGGACAAGCAUGGCCGGGCUGACAGUGAGGACAACCUCUCUGAGGAGCCCGAGAUGGAGAGCCUCUUCCCUGCCCUGGCUUCUCUGGCUGUGACCUCCUCUGCCAACAAUGAGGCAUCGCCUGUGUCUUCCAGCGGCGUCACCUACUCUCCGGAGCUCCUGGACCUGUACACAGUGAACCUCCACCGCAUUGAGAAAGAUGUGCAGAGGUGUGACCGCAGCUACUGGUACUUCACAGCCGCCAACCUGGAGAAGCUGAGGAACAUCAUGUGCAGCUACAUCUGGCAGCACAUUGAGAUUGGCUACGUCCAGGGCAUGUGUGACCUUCUGGCCCCACUGCUGGUCAUCCUGGAUGAUGAGGCCCUGGCCUUCAGCUGCUUCACGGAGCUCAUGAAGAGGAUGAACCAAAACUUCCCCCACGGAGGUGCCAUGGACACGCACUUUGCCAACAUGAGGUCUCUGAUCCAGAUCCUGGACUCAGAGCUCUUCGAGCUGAUGCAUCAGAAUGGGGACUACACCCACUUCUACUUCUGCUACCGCUGGUUCCUGCUGGAUUUCAAACGAGAGCUAGUCUAUGAUGACGUCUUCUCCGUGUGGGAGACUAUUUGGGCCGCUAAGCACGUGUCCUCUGCCCACUAUGUCCUGUUCAUCGCGCUGGCACUGGUAGAGGUCUACCGAGAUAUCAUCCUGGAGAACAACAUGGACUUCACAGACAUCAUCAAGUUCUUCAAUGAAAUGGCAGAGCGGCACAACGCCAAGCAGAUCCUGCAGCUGGCCCGGGACCUCGUGCACAAAGUGCAGAUCCUGAUCGAGAACAAGUGAGGGCUGCGGCAGCCAGGCUUCCCUGCUGCCGUCUACACCUUCGCCUCCUGCAGCCCAGCACGAGGUGCUGGUGUCUGUGGACUAGUGUGGGCUGCUGUGCAGAGAGCCAUACCCUUGACCUUGGCCACUGGACGGUGGCGUGGAGGAGCCCAGCUCAGCCUUACGUUUUCCUGUUUGACCAAAGAUUGCCCGAGACUGGGAUUUCCCCCUCUUGGGAGUUGGGGUUGUGAGUAGAGGUAGCCUCUGGGCCUGUUGUCCCUGUUCCCUUCCUCAUCUGUACAGGAGAGGCCUCAGGGGCUUCCUCUGCACCUGGCAGUGUUCCAGAACAUUCCUGCCAGGCUGACUUAAAGCAAGGUCUCCCUUAGGCAUUGCUCACAUUCAAAGUCUCAGAUGUCUGAGCAUCAUCCCUGGCUUCAAACCACCAGAUGUUACCCGUACCAUCGCCCAAGGUGACCCAAAAGUCCCUGCACAGCAGAUGUGCCCCACCACUGGCUUGGUGGAGGGGCUACUGGCAUAGCCCUGUCUGUUCUCUUCAGGCUGGGUCACCUGAGGUCUGUUGCAUGGCCCAGUCAGAAGCACACAGCUUCCCACAGUCCUGCUGGAGUCAGGUCUCACUCGCUGUUUUCUGACUUUGCUCUGCCGGCUGCCAGGAGACUUUUAAGAGGGCAUUCUGUGAGUGCCCUGGAGAUGCAGGAACUGUUUGGAGGAAGGAGGCUGGAGCUCCUGAUUAGAGCCUGGCCCUUACUCCCCUCCCGAGGGGAGACCUCCCAGCUUUCAGCUGUGGACCUGGGCUCAGAAGCCUGCAGACCGUGUGUUUGUGGAAGCCCUGCUCAGGUAAACUAGCUCUUCUCUGAGUGCUUCGUUCACUCGGCACAGAGGAGGGACGAGCCAGGGGUUGUCCCAGGACAGGAGUGAUCUGUGCUCCAUGAUGGUGGGUCUGAGAACGACGGUUCCUCUCCACCUUCGUGCCAAGACCUGCCAACCCAGACAUUGACCCUGUUGAACUGGUGUGCCUGCUCCCUAUCCCCCAGUAAAGCAGUCUGGGUGCAGCAGAAAUCAAAAGUCACAGCAGAAGCUGCUUCUGGGGAAGUCAAGGAAUGCCAAGUAGGAGUUCGGAGAGAGGAGACAGGAGUGGUUUGAAAUAUCUCCAGGGUCCUUCAGCCUGGCCCUACUCUGCGGCCUUGUGAUGCCCUCCCUCUGUCACAGCUCCCGAGUCAAACCUCUGCCCUUCACACUGUGGGCGGGGUGGACAGAAAGAGCCCUUACUGGAUCUCCACAGACUGCCCAGGGCAGCAGGAAGGGAGGCGACCUCCCAGCCAGCUCCCCGAGCUUUCUAGGACAGGAGAAAGGGCCAGCAGAUAAAGGUUUAUUUUGCCACCGGGCUGCUGCCACAAAGGGUGGUGAUUUAGCACAGCCAGGUCCAAACCCCCUGACCCUUAUUUAUUUUUGUAACUGACCAGUGUGGAGUAUAGCACAGGAUCUCCCACCGCCCCUCGUGCCUCCAGCCUGUGUGCUUGUGGUUCUGAGUGCCUCCUAUUUAUUCCACUUACCAGCUGAUGUCUGUGUGUUGUGUUUUCUCCUGUCCUGGAGUUGGGUGUUGGGGAGUGUCCCCCUGCCCUGGGAGUUCUCUUUUUAGUGUUGCCCAAGUGUCUUGUGUUUACUAAGAGGUGGUUCUAUUCAGAGUAAAUAUAGCUGAGUGGAAAACCUAA